GAAGCCACGCCCCACCGAGGGCAGCCGCGAGCUUCUGGUUGGUCCCGGCCGCUGCCAGUCGACCUUCCGCAGCCAAUGGCGAGGCGGCUGCGCGCUGACGCGUGGCGUGCCGUGCGUGGUGGCGUUGCGCGGUGGGCUACGGUACGGGCGUCUCGGUGUGAGGCUGGCGGGGCCGAGGCCGGGGCCGGACGGGCCGCAGAGACGGGAUCUCCAAGGCAGUCUGCUUCGAGGAGAGCCCUGCAAAAGGAUCUAGACGGAGAAAGAUCUUUUGGGACAAUCCCCCCCACACAUGUGAUCUCAGCUUCACUGGCAGCAGGAUUUGCAUUCUAGGUCGUGCCGCCCUCCACCACUGGGCCAAACCGUAGGACUUAAAGCUGAAACCAUGUGAGGGGGUUUCCCUUGCUCCCCCCUCUCCCCGACCCCCUUCCCCUCCCCCCCCCAAGCCUUGGACGUGUCGCUGCCGAGCCACAUUGACGCGCCUGCCACCAUGAUGUUCCGGGAUCAGGUGGGAAUCCUGGCCGGCUGGUUCAAAGGCUGGAACGAAUGCGAGCAGACGGUGGCUCUGCUCUCCCUCCUCAAGCGCGUCACUCGCACCCAAGCCCGCUUCCUGCAGCUGUGCCUGGAGCACUCGCUGGCCGACUGCACCGAGAUCCACAUCGUGGAGUCGGAGGCCAACAGCGCAGCUGUCAUCAGCCAGUGGCACCAGGAAUCGAAGGAUAAGGUGGUCUCCCUGCUCCUGUCUCACCUGCCCCUGCUGCAGCCUGGCAACAUGGAAGCCAAGUCUGAAUACAUGAAGCUAUUGCAGAAGGUCCUGGCCUACUCCAUCGAGAGCAACCUGUUCAUCGAGGAAAGCCGGCAGCUGCUGUCCUACGCCCUCAUCCACCCGGCCACCACGCUGGACGAUCGCAACUCCCUGGCUCUAUGGCUCAACCACCUUGAGGAACGCCUGUCUAGCGUCUACUCCGGCCAGGGCAGGGGCCGGCCCGACACUGCCUACCACUCGCGCCAGGGCUCAGACGAGUGGCAGGGCCCAGUGGACUCGGGCAUGGGGGAGCUGGGACACGGCUGGCAGGAGAAGCUGCCCCGAGAAAACGGACACUUGCCUUUCCACUCCUCCAGCUCGGUGCCCUCGGCCAUCAACAGCAUUGGAAGCAACGCAAAUGCAGCUCUGCCCUGCCAAAUCCACCCCAGCCCGCUCAAGCGCUCCAUGUCCCUCAUCCCCACCAGCCCGCAGGCCCCCAGUGAGUGGAUGAGCCCCGACGAGCUGUGUGCCCGGCAGGCUUUCAUCCCGGGGGACCACGCGCCCCUGUCCCCACAGAGCAGCGUGGCCUCCUCGGGCAGCGAACAGACGGAAGAGCAGAUCGGCAGCCGCAACACCUUCCAAGAGGAUGGCAGUGGCAUGAAAGAUGUCCCCUCGUGGCUGAAGAGCCUUCGCCUGCACAAGUACGCAGCCCUCUUCUCCCAGAUGACAUACGAAGAGAUGAUGACCCUCACGGAGCAGCAUCUGGAGUCCCAGAACGUGACCAAAGGAGCCAGGCACAAAAUUGCCCUGAGCAUCCAGAAGCUGCGGGAGAGGCAGAGCGUUCUCAAGUCUCUGGAGAAGGACAUCCUUGAAGGAGGGAACUUGUGGAACCCGCUCCAGGAGCUCCAGCAGAUAAUCAUCACGCCCAUCAAAGCAUACAGCUCCCUCCAGGCCAUGACCACGCCCAAAGAGGGGCAGCAGGCGGUGCCCGAGCGCCACGGAGCCCCCAGGCCGGGCCUGGACAAAGCCACCAAUGGGGCAGAGGACAAGGAGCCUGCAGUGGACGGCUUCCCAUCCCAGACGGCUUCCCCCUGCGAUGGGGAGUCGGCCACAGCACCCAUCGCGGAAGGGGACAUCCCGGGGCAGUUCACCCGGGUGAUGGGGAAAGUGUGCACACAGCUGCUUGUCUCCCGGCCUGAUGAGGAGAACAUCACCAGUUACCUCCAGCUCAUAGAGAAGUGCCUGACUCACGAGGCAUUCACGGAGACGCAGAAGAAGAGGCUGUUGUCCUGGAAGCAGCAGGUGCUGAAGCUGCUGCGGGCAUUCCCCCGGAAGGCAGUGCUUGACAUGCAAGGGUACCGCCAGCAGAAAGGAUGGGCCUUUGGUUCCAACUCUCUCCCCAUAGCUGGAUCUGUGGGGGUGGGUGUCGCGCGCAGAGGGCAGCGGCCAUUCCAGAUGCCCCCUCGAGCCAUGCCCCCGAGCCGUCUGGGGCUGCUGAGCCCAGCGGGGAUUGGAGGGGUCUUGCCUCGGCAUGCACUUACCAGCCCCAUCGGGAGCCAGGGACGACAGAACCUGUGGUUCGCCAAUCCCGGGGGCAGCAACAGCAUGCCCGGCCAGAGCCGCAGCUCGGUCCAGCGCACCCAUUCGCUACCCGUCCACACGUCCCCGCAGGCCAUCAUCAUGUUCCCCCAGGAUUGCCAGAUCCCUGGAACAGACCUGGAGAUCAACCCCACGCUGGAGUCACUGUGCCUGAGCAUGACGGAGCACGCGCUGGGUGAUGGCACCGACAAGACCUCCACCAUCUGACCAGCCUCGGGGAUCCGCGGUUCCUGAGAAGUUUUAGGGGGUUCUCUUUAUUUUUUGGGGGGGUGCUUAAAGGGGUGGUUGAAUCUUCCACCCCAGCCCCCUCCUGCCCUCCCCCCCAGCGUUUGCCAUCAACUCCAUCACAGCGGGGGGGUUGGAAGAAGCUCUCACUACAAUCUUCCCAUCUUAUAUGUUCUAAUAUUUUUCUACUUUAUUAUUACUUUAACUAUGGUUUAAUACUGAGCUGCAUCCUGUAACUCCCAGGGUAACGAAGCCAGAAGCAGCAGGAUCUUGGGUCACGCAUGUGUGUGUGUCCUCUUGCCCCCCUCUCCCCCGCCCACCCAUCCUUUCUCAGCAUGGGGGAAACUGCUCCUGAGAGGGAGUAGUGGAGAAGGGGGGGAUACAGUGCAUCUGAUUCACUUUCCUCCCCACCCCCCGGGGCAGGCCGGCCGCUCUGGGCCAAUGCCGGUUGCCACGAAAGGCACCGGGGGGCUAACCUGGUGAGCUGGUUUCUUCCGGGUUAGCCUCCUGUCUGCUUUUCGCACCUGAUCCCUGCGAUGGGGGGCAGGCUGGGGAGAAACACUUCCACAGAUGGGGCUGAGAACUCUUCUGGAACUGUUAAGUGCCUGUAACUCCCCACCCCACCCCUGUGACUACUUGGGGGCAUGGCCUUUGAAGGAGGGCCACGUCCUCCCCCAUAAGAGGUGGCUGGGGGUGUGGCCUUUGAGGGAGUCCAUGCCCUCCCCCAUAGGGCAAGUGGUCGAUUCAGGGAAAGAAGCCACGCCCCAGAAAAGGGGUGGGGGUAGGGGGUGAUGGGGAUACCUGGGAGGGAGGAGUUGGAGCAUUGGAGGGUAUUUAACCCUUUGGGCGUCUUCUCCUGGGGUGUAUCCCCCCCCAGCGAGAAUUAUAAGGCUUACAUAAUUGAAGCAUUAGAAGGUUGGUGGGUGUUUGGUUUGGCUGCAUCUGGGGCCCUCGAGGGUCAGCUCGGUUGAUGGGUGGGUGGGUGUGUGUGUGUGUGUGUGUGUGUGUGUGUGUGUGUGUGUGCGUGCGCGCGCGCCCCUGGCAUAGGCUGGGAAGGCUGUGCCCGCACAGGGCAGACCCGCCUGGAUGAAUUGGCGGUUCCCCCCUGUUGGGCUCUGCAUGUGGGUCGCCUCUCCCUGCCCGGAGCUCGUCUGUGUUGGCAGCGCCAUCAGACUGAGCUUGGGCAGCGGGGCUAGAGCACCCCUUCCUGGCCGGGGGCCGCACAGGACAGUGUGGGGCGCUCACGAUGCUAAUGAACCUGCCGGGGACUGAGAAAGGGCUGUGAAGCAGGGGGUUGUUUGCAAGCCCCUUUGGGGUGGUCUGGAAUACACACACACCCCCCUGGGUUUGGGGGGCAUCGGGGACAGAGCUGUUCCUUAAAUGCCUUGAUGGGGGUGUGGGGGAGAUGAGGAUUGAGCCCUGCUGAGCUCGGGGGGGGUGGGGGCAGGGCAUUAGCAGGAGUGAACCCUCCCCUAAGCCCCAAGCUUUGUGUGUGCGUGUGCAUGUGUGUAAAACAAAAAACACUAUGUGGGCUGGGGGGUGGGAGGAGUCUGUGGGCGGGGGGGUGGCUUUUACCCAUCCCAACCCCCCCUUUGAUUAGAUUAACCUUUUUUUUUUUUCCUUCUGAUUUGCCACUCAUUUUUUUAAAAAACAAAUAGAUUUAAAAACUUCCAAAUUUUCCCUUCCCCGAGCUCUGCUCCCACGAGGCACCGAAGGGUGCGGGCCUGGCUGUGCUUGGGGAAAGGGGCCCCCGUCUCUCCACCACCUUGCGCCGUCACUGAUACCCGGGUAACGGCGGGCCCAGAGGAUGCUGUUUCAAUGGGGGAGCGGCACUGGUGCAAAGGACUGUGCCCGGCGGAAAACCAGGGUCACCCCGAGGCUUGUGGUAUCCUCAGGCAUUCAGGGGCAGUGGAGGGGACUCUGGGAUGAAGUUCACACCAGGGAUUUGAGGGGGGGCAGGGGAGAAUCUGGGGGAGAUUGGGCUUUGUGAGAGCCCCAUGGAUUUAUUUUGGGGAGAGAGGGGCAGGGUCCUGCCCAGACCUAGGUACAAUUUGUCUCUUUCCAGAAAGAUGCCCUGGGACAAAAAGUCCCUUGUCUCCCCGGAUCUCUCUGCAGCGUGGGGGGAGACGCAUGCCCCAAAGUAGAUGACCCCCACAAGCUGAGCCCCUCCCACUGGUACAAAAGAAAUCCCCCCCCCUCCACCUGUUUAAAUGUUAAAGGCCUUUCCAAAGUAUAUACUGCAUAGUCGUGUGUACAAAAAAAACCCCCCCCCAUCGGGCAACCCCCCCCCAACCUAUUUCUACAGUAGAGAGACAAGGUUCCUGUUUCAGAUAGAAAUGUUAUUUUAGAUACAUUUUAUUAUGAAUAACUUUUGUUAUGACUAUGGCUGGUAACCAUGAAUACGUUAUUAAAAAACAAAACGGAAAAAAAAAAUUUUACAAAAAAAAAAAACAAAAAAAACCAAAAACCAAAAAAACAAACCCGGCAGCCCGUGUUCGCUGGCUUUGUCUCGCUGCGCCCCCGCCUCUCGCUGUCGGACCGUGUGAAAGAACCUGCCCCGGAACCAAGUACGAGACCACCCCAUGGAAACACCCCCAAACCCUCUCUGAUAAAGUUGUACUUAUUUUGUAA